UCAGUGCAUGGUAGGCGGGGCGAGCGUGGUGACGUAGUUUGUGUGCGCGGAGAGCGGCCUAGCGGAGCCGGGACUGGGGACCGGCCUGAGGAAGGGAACCGCGCACUCAGUGGCUACAUGGAGGCGGUUACAGAAGCGGCAGAUUCCUGUGUUGUGUGCUCUUCCUUGCCGGGAUUAAAUGUGGGCUAUUUCUCUAUUUCUGCUCUCUGUGUAAAGCCUGGUGGUGAGCUACAGCACGGUUAGAGCAACAGAUACAAUUCACCCUGUGAUCUUCUGAGCGGAGAGCAAUGGAGCCGCUUAAUAUAACCCGGGACAUCAUCCAGCGGCAAAUAAAGGAGAGGAACACUCUGCAGUUCGAGCGACGAUAUCACGUCAUUGAUCCAUUCAUCAAGCGGCUGGGCCUGGAAUGCGAGCUGGAGGGUCACUCUGGGUGUGUGAACUGUCUGGAAUGGAAUGAGAAGGGCGAUUUGCUGGCCUCAGGAUCAGAUGAUCAGCACACCAUUCUCUGGGAUCCCUUUAGCUGCAAGAAACUGCUGACCAUGCACACUGGACACACGGCCAACAUAUUCACAGUAAAGUUCCUUCCUCACUCGAAUGACCGCACGCUGAUAACAGGAGCUGCUGAUUCCAAGGUGCAUGUCCAUGACUUGACUGUAAAGGAAACCAUUCACAUGUUUGGCGAGCACACCAAUCGCGUGAAGCGAAUCGCAGCUGCUCCCAUGUGGCCCAACACGUUCUGGAGUGCGGCAGAGGAUGGGACAGUCCGGCAGUAUGACCUGAGAGAGAGCAGCAAGCGCUCGCAGGUACUGGUGGAUCUUACAGAAUACUGCGGGCAGCAUGUGGAAGCUAAAUGCCUAGCCAUUAAUCCUCAGAACAAUAACUACCUUGCUGUUGGGGCAAGUGGUCCCUUUGUGCGAGUCUAUGACAUUCGCAUGAUUCACAAUCACAGAAAAACAGCAAAGCAGAGCUCAACCCCUGGAUUGCACACAUUUUGCGACAGGUACAAGUCCGUGCCAGAUGGAGCUGUUCAGUAUUAUGUAGCAGGUCAUCUGCCAGUAAAACAACCCGAUUAUAACAAUCGCCUCCGUGUGCUCGUAGCCACUUAUGUGGCAUUCAACCCUGAUGGAACCGAACUCUUAGUCAACAUGGGAGGGGAGCAGGUCUAUUUGUUUGAUCUGACGAAUAAGCAAAAGCCCUACACAUUUCUGCUACCCAAGAAGUGCCACUCCUCUACUGAUUUACAGAAUGGAAAAUCAAUAGCAAAUGGAGUUACAAAUGGAAUCCAUCUCCACAGUAAUGGCUUCAGGCUGUCGGAUGCAUGGGCACAAAGCAGUGUUCCCUAUGAGUUGCCACUUCAUUUAGAGAGGCUCAAACAGCAAGCAAAUGAUGCCUUCUCCCGGCAACAAUGGACACAGGCCAUCCAACUUUACAGCAAGGCCAUUCAGCAAGCGCCUGGGAACCCCAUGCUUUAUGGCAACAGAGCAGCAGCCUUCAUGAAGCGCAAGUGGGAUGGAGAUCAUUAUGAUGCCCUUAGAGAUUGUUUGAAAGCAAUUUCUUUGAAUCCCUCCCACCUGAAGGCCCAUUUCCGCUUGGCACGUUGUCUAUUCGAGUUGAAGUACGUUGCUGAGGCUCUGGAGUGCCUUGAUGACUUUAAGGGCCGUUUUCCUGAACAAGCCCACAGCAGUGCCUGUGAUGCACUGGAUCGAGAUAUCAAGGCUGUGCUCUUCGCAAAGACUGACAGCUCUGAGGAGAAGAAGGCAGGAGCUACCACCCCAAUCCGCAUCCGAUCGAGUGGCAGGAAGGAUUCCAUCUCCGAUGAUGAGGUGAUUCUGAGAGAGCGAGGUUAUGAUUACAAGUCACGCUAUUGUGGUCACUGUAAUACUACCACUGACAUCAAGGAAGCCAACUUUUUUGGAAGUAAUGGCCAGUACAUUGUCAGUGGUUCAGAUGAUGGAUCCUUCUUCAUCUGGGAGAAAGAGACAACAAAUCUUGUUCGUGUUCUGCAAGGCGACGAGUCGAUUGUGAACUGUCUGCAGCCUCACCCAAAGCACUGCUUCCUCGCGACAAGUGGCAUUGAUCCUGUAGUUCGCCUCUGGAGCCCGAGACCAGAAAGUGAAGAUCAAAAUGAGCGAGUGAUUGAAGAUAUGGAGGGGGCUUCACAGGCAAACCAGCGGCGAAUGAAUGCAGACCCACUUGAGGUCAUGCUCUUGAAUAUGGGAUACAGGAUCACUGGACUUACCAACAGCGGGAUGGCCUCAGAUGAUGAGGAAAACUCUGAAGGCCAGGUGCAGUGCCGGCCGAGCUAAACCGCAACCCCAACAACAGCGUACUUGGGACAGACCAGGAACAACUCUCGGUUCAGUGUGUCUGUGGCUGAAAACACUGCACUGUCCUCAGCUACGCACCAAAAGCUUGGUUCAGGAAGCAUUGACAGGGUUUGCAUUCUUUCCAACACCUAUCAGACUCACUUAUGAAUGAGCCCCAUACCAGUCUGCAGAAGUCUCAGAGAGUGAUGCUACUACCCUCUCAGGAACAGCUAACUGGGCCAAACCUGGUCUGAAUCGCAUAUGGGAGACUUCAAAUUGUUUCUGGUGAUUGGAAAAGACUCAUUUGAUAAGCAGAUCUUUUUGUAAAUUGUCUAGAUGCUGCUUUCAGUUUGUAUAAAUGCUUCCUCCUCUAUCACAUUCAGUCCCUUUGUAGUAAUGGGUUCUGCACAAUCCAUUAGCAACAAGCAGCCAAUAAUAUGGAGGUAAACUGCACUCCCUUCAUAGUCCUGGAGCCAUCACUUAGAGUCCCAGGACAUCUUGAUGCAGCUUUCAUUGCAGGCAGUAGAGGGUCAUGGCCAGUUGUCACACCCCUCAGUCACUGCCAUAUUUGUGACUCCUUUGCCUGACUCUGCCCCAGUUUACAAUGUUCAUACAGGAUGUGUAGCUAAACACGACCUAACAGAGAUCUCUGCAUCAUCAUUGGGGAUGUAGGACUGUGGACACAGGAUGAAAUCACAAUGUACAUGCAGCGAGGAGACUGUCCAUGGUGAAGAAUGGGAGUUGUCAGGAAUACUUUGUUGUGAACAAUCUAGGGUGGGGUUUGCAAAGUGUAAUACUGCCCUCUCCUGGAAUGCUUCUUCCAGGGUGUCCUUUUACUCGGGUGUCACUAAAACUCUGCCAAGCCCCAGUCCCAUCAGGAGCUCGGAAUCGAAUAUUCCAUUAGCAGAACAGAUUUCAGAUGAAUAUGGGGGGGAGGAUUUCUUAAGUAUCUUUGGUUUCUUUUGCUGGCUGUUUCUUUUUGAUGACUUCUGUUGCGAUGUGUGAACUAGUUUAAGUAUUGAGCUAUCAGCUUUGAGAAGAAGCAGCAUUGCUGUUGGUAAAGCUAGAGAAGGAUUGAUUGGUUUAGUUCUCAUUCUGAUUCCUAAUUUGCUGUUCAAAGUGUAGCAAAUUUUGUGGGGUUUGGCUGAAAGUUGUAGUGUGAGGUAGGGGAGAAUGUUUCAGUUCUGGGCAGGUUGGGGGAACACUGGGUAACUCUGUGAAAGACUGGAAGGGGAGGGAAGCAAACUGACAAUGUGGUAGGAAGUAAUUAAAAUAGCAACAACUAACUGCAACCAUUCUGUUAAACACUGACCCAAGCAAUCUGAGCACUCUACCUGAUUUGUAGAGUGGGUUAGCAAGCUAUUGUUCUACUUCUGAAACUUGCAUUGAGAUCUAAUGAAGAGAUGGGAUUUUGCCUGCCAGUGUAAAGUUCCAGCUCGUGAAAGUUUCAGGAGAUUCCACUCAAAUUGACUGAAAAUGUGGCACCCAAACUGAUAUGUUCAAAAGAGUGACAGAUAUGGGAAAUGGAAUGUCUUACUGACAGCAGGGGAUAAUGUUUUAGGGCAGAGUGCAGUGUAUAAAGGAGUGCUGUUUUAAGAGGGUGUGCUAUAUAUGAAGCGGCAUGGUUGUGAGGAGCUAUGAUGUUGUGUAUAGCAGAAGGUGGGGUUAAGGUGCUGUGUAUUGAUUGGUUUUGCAGUGAUUGAUGCUACAAGUAGUCAACAUUAAUUAUCAUCUCACUUCCUGGACAAACAAAUCCAUAGCAUGCAGAGGCUCCUCUGCUGCAAGUUCUAUUUGCAUUUUAAGACAUGUCCAGUUGCAUUAUACUGAAUUGAUGGUGAGUUUGUGUAAUAGUGGUCACUUAAUCACUUCAGCUUCACUUGGAAAGAUUUGUUCAUCGAUGUAUUUUAAUAGUCACUAAUUUAUUGCUUUCAUGAGCUGGCUGCAAUCUGCAAAGCUCAGUUAGAAAUUCCUCUGCCUGUGCAAUAAAGGCCAAAUUGACAGGGUCAGUCACCAAUCACCUAUGACUGCCCUUGCAGUUAUUAUACUGGGUAUGCUGUGGCUGAUUGAUCACCUAGUUAUUGAUCAGUUGCUGAGAGCAUGAGCUGCUAGAUUAUUGCAGGCUGGUGUUUCCUGAAAUCCUCCCUAAGGGCUAUAGCAUUAGAAUUCAGCCAGGAGCUCAUGGCUCAGUGAGGUGCCUAAUCCUAGGACAGAGAGGCUGUGGUGGAGGAGCAGGCUUGAUUGAAAUGUUGCCAGAUCCAGUGUUUCAUUACCAGCUGCUCCCACCAUCAGCUAUCAUGUGACUACUUUGUUAAAUUAAUUUUUUAAAGUAUAAUUUAGGUUUUGGUGGGACUGUUAAUAGGAAAAAUUAUUCCACUUAAAAUCCUGCCCAAUAUCUUCACUGGGAUUGUUGCUUGUUUGCCAUUGCUUAAGAGUCUUGAUCUGAAGUUGUAACCCCCUGUGGGGUCAGCCAGUAUGUGAAAUGGAAGAGAUCAUCAGUGGGGUCAGUCAGCAGGGUUGAGUGGUAGGGUAGGUGUUUGGGUCAGUCAGUGUGCUAGAUAUUCCUCUGCAGUAAUUGCAGUCUCCCCACUCCCACCCAAUUCAUGAGCUCAGUGCCAAUUGCUUGUUUAAACCUCACUCAGUUUGUUGCUCCUGUCCUUGCCUGUGAUUUGAUGAGGAAUUAUCCGUGGGAAGCUGCUAACUGUAAAAAUUAAAUUGUUAAUCCACGGUUGUGAUGAGUUUAAAGCCAGCAUUAAAUGGCGAGUUUAGCAGAAUGCUGUUUGGUUUGGUUGCUAAUAAUUCAUACUUGUAUGGGGGCUGCUGCUUUCAAGUUUGUAGUUACACUCAAUGUACAUCAGUGCAAUAAAAACACAAACCGCA